UUGUGCAUUGCGCCCUAUUUACCUCAAGUAGAGUGCUCUUUUAGGCCCAAAUUAUAAAUUUUUAUAUUUUGCAAAAAAUCUUUGCUAUUUUUUGGUGUUAUACUAAAGCUGAUAUAUCCAAGUUUCUAUCAGUGCAGGUAGAAGAGUAUAGUAAUGGAGUGGGCAUUUGUGCAUAAAAUAUGGGAAAAAUGGAUUUCAAGCAAUGUUGGUUCAGGUCAACCAUUGAAGGCUGCUUUUCUUUUAAAUUAUGACCCUAAUGGACCUUCUCGUUUGAUGUCUACUAUUGCACAGCAAGAGGGUAUAAAGGCAGAUCCAACUGAAAUGUGUGAACUUGUCAGUUUUGUCAAGAGAAACAAACUGCAGACAGAGAGCUUUGUCAUUGGACACAACCAAUAUCUUGUAACAUCAAUUCAUGAGAGUUGGUUCUGUGCAAGAUCGAUGAGUACUUCAAAACCUGCUGGUGAAGGUGCAAUUCUGAUGCACGCAGGAGCAUUCCUCUUGAUUGGGCUGUAUGACGGCUCGAUUGCAGCAGCAUCCCGUGCAAUGGUAGUUCUCGAUCAGUUUGCAUGGCAACUUAGUCGAAGAAAUCAUUAAUUGCUUCGUGUAUAUGUCAAAAUAUGUUACAUUUCUAUGGAGGACUGGUCGGUUCAUGGUGUUUUUGUUUUUCUUUAUUUACCAUUUAGUUCUGUUUAGAGAUCCAUGUUCUCUGCAUCUCAAUGGAUAGGAACUUUUUUGUUGAAUCAGUAGUAUUCAUUGAGCUGUUA